AUGUACUGGAGAUCUCUGUUGGUAUUGCGUAGCUGGAUGACUGAUUUACCCUCAACUACAUCAUCAUCAUGUUGCAUCAAGUUCCUGAAAGACACCUCAUAUCUUGCCACCGCUGUGAUUGCCGAUGAUACCUUUAGGUCAUUUGUAGAUCCCUUACUCUCAUCCUCCUACGCCGGUGCAGACUGCCCUUCUCGGUGGCUUCCCCCGCAAGGCCAGAUGAUUACAGAGACAGCCUCCGCCAGGUUCGAAUGUCAGCCCAACCCGUCAGGGCCAGUCGGGAAUAUGGAAUAG